AUGUAUCGACGCGCCACUUCUCUAACAAAGCAUUCUUCUUCUUCUUCUUCACUCUCGAGGAUCAGCUCUACUCCUACAGCUUCCGCUUCGCCACCAGAAACGUCCGUUCUUAAUCAGAGGAACCCAUGUAGGAGCUUCUCGUCGGCUCUCCGCUCGUUUCGUGUGUGCUCCGCCUCUACGCGGUGGAGCCAUGGUGGGAGCUGGCGAUCGCCAGCUAGUCUUCGUGCUCAAGCUAGGGUCUCCACUCCUUUGAUGGAGAGAUUGGAGCAAAAAUAUGCUACCAUGGCUUCUGAGCAUGCAUACAAGGAUAUUUUAAUAAGUCUUCCCAAGCCUGGUGGUGGAGAAUAUGGAAAGUACUACUCGUUAACAGCUUUAAACGAUCCAAGAAUUGGUAGACUGCCUUACUGUAUAAGGAUACUGUUGGAGGCAGCCAUUCGUAACUGUGACAACUAUCAAGUCACAAAUGAUGACGUCGACAAGAUCAUUGACUGGGAAAAUACAUCUACUAAGCAAGUUGAAAUUGCCUUCAAGCCAGCCCGUGUUAUUUUACAGGACUUUACUGGAGUGCCAGCUCUACUUGAUCUUGCUUCUAUGAGGGACGCAAUGAAGAUUCUUGGUGGUGAUCCUAACAAGAUUAAUCCCUCGAUUCCUGUUGAUCUUGUCGUUGAUCACUCACUCCAAGUUGAUGCAGCGGGCACAGAGAAGGCCAGGGUGAUAAAUGAGGAGCUUGAAUUCAAGAGGAACAAAGAGAGAUUUGCGUUCCUUAAGUGGGGUUCAUCAGCCUUCCACAACAUGCUUGUGGUUCCUCCUGGAUCUGGGAUUGUUCAUCAGGUCAACUUGGAAUACCUAGGACGUGUUGUUUUCAACUCUGAUGGAUUGCUCUACCCUGAUAGCGUUGUUGGUACUGAUUCCCACACCACCAUGAUUGAUGGACUAGGAGUCGCUGGUUGGGGUGUUGGAGGAAUCGAGGCAGAGGCAGCAAUGCUUGGUCAGCCCAUGAGCAUGGUACUACCUGGUGUUGUUGGAUUUAAGUUGGAGGGAAAGUUGCGGGAAGGGGUGACUGCCACUGACUUGGUCCUCACGGUGACUCAAAUAUUAAGGAAGCAUGGCGUUGUCAGCAAGUUUGUUGAAUUUUAUGGUGAGGGGAUGAGAGAACUGCCACUGGCUGACAGAGCCACGAUUGCAAACAUGUCUCCCGAGUAUGGAGCAACUAUGGGUUUCUUCCCAGUGGACCAUGUUACCUUGGAGUACCUCAAGUUGACAGGAAGAAGCGAUGAAACUGUGGCAAUGAUAGAAUCUUAUUUGCGUGCAAACAAGAUGUUUGUGGACUACAAUGAGCCCCAGCAAGAAAGAGCAUAUACAUCUUAUCUCCAGUUGGAUCUGGGGGAGAUUGAACCGUGUAUCUCUGGCCCUAAAAGGCCUCACGACCGAGUGCUUCUGAAAGAUAUGAAGGCUGACUGGCAUGCAUGCCUUGACAAUCCUGUUGGAUUCAAGGGUUUUGCAAUACCAAAGGAGAACCAAAAGGAUACUGUUAACUUCUUGUUUGAAGAAAAAACACCUGCUGAGCUCAAACAUGGCAGUCUUGUCAUUGCGGCAAUUACGAGCUGCACCAACACGUCAAAUCCUAAUGUCAUGAUCGGUGCUGCACUUGUUGCUAAAAAAGCUUAUGAUCUUGGUCUAAAGGUAAAGCCAUGGGUUAAGACAAGUCUUGCUCCAGGUUCUGGUGUUGUCACCAAAUAUUUGGACAGAAGUGGGCUUCAAGAGUACUUAGACAAGCAAGGGUUCCAAAUUGUUGGCUAUGGUUGCACAACAUGCAUAGGAAGCUCUGGCAACCUUGAAAAAUCAGUUGAAUCUGCUAUUAAAAAUAAUGAUGUUGUGGUGGCUUCUGUGCUUUCCGGGAACAGAAACUUUGAAGGCCGUGUUCAUCCACUAACAAGAGCAAACUAUCUUGCUUCACCUCCACUAGUUGUUGCUUAUGCACUUGCUGGAACGGUUGAUAUUGACUUUGAGAAAGAACCGAUAGGAACCGGAAGAGAUGGCAAAAGUGUGUACUUGAGAGACAUAUGGCCAAGCAAUGAGGAAAUUGCUCAGGUUGUUCAAAGAAGCGUCUUACCAGACAUGUUCAAGAGCACAUACAAGACAAUAACAGAGGGGAAUCCUCUGUGGAAUCAACUCUCUGCACCAAGUUCGACAUUAUAUUCUUGGGAUCCCAACUCCACCUAUAUCCAUGAGCCCCCCUAUUUCAAGAAUAUGACCGCUACUCCACCUGGUCCUCGUGAAGUGAAAGGUGCUUACUGCUUGCUGAACUUCGGAGACAGCAUAACAACGGACCACAUCUCUCCAGCCGGGAACAUUCAAAAGGAUAGUCCUGCUGCAAAGUUCCUGAUGGAACACGGUGUUAGUCAAGAGGACUUCAACUCGUAUGGAAGUCGCAGAGGAAACGAUGAGGUGAUGGCUCGUGGCGCGUUUGCCAACAUCCGUAUCGUUAACAAGCUCGUGGGAGGAGAAGUUGGUCCCAAGACUGUUCACAUUCCUAGUGGAGAGAAACUUACCGUUUUUGAUGCAGCAAGUAGAUACAAGAGCGCUGGAGAGGAUACUAUUAUCCUAGCUGGUGCUGAAUAUGGAAGUGGUAGCUCUAGAGAUUGGGCUGCAAAGGGUCCCUUGCUUUUGGGAGUGAAAGCUGUGAUCGCCAUAAGCUUUGAGAGAAUCCACCGCAGCAACUUGGCUGGAAUGGGGAUCAUCCCUCUGUGUUUCAAAGCCGGGGAGGACGCAGAAACCCUUGGACUGACUGGUCAUGAACGCUAUACAGUCCACCUUCCUACCAGAGUCAGUGAUAUUAGACCUGGCCAAGACGUCACUGUAACCACUGACGCUGGCAAAUCCUUUGUUUGCACUCUCCGGUUUGAUACAGAGGUGGAGCUGGCAUACUAUGACCAUGGCGGUAUUCUUCCCUACGUCAUCCGGAGUUUGAGCAGCACCAAGUGAUCAAAGCUUUU